GCGCUGCGCGCGCGGUCGCUUUAAGUGCCCCAGGUGCCGGGGGCCGGGAGCACGCGGUCUGGGCGGGGCCGGCGGCGCCCCCGGCCCGCUCUCGGGAGAAAGGGAGGGAGGGAAGCAGAGGGAGGGAAGGGCGACCUACUUCCUGAAUAGCCUGCAAAGCCCGGGGCGAGCUUGGCUAGCGCUGCGCGGAGAUGUCCAGAGGAUCAGCCUGGAGCCUGGCGAAGGGAAGCGCGCCCCCGGGGCCGGUUCCCGAGGGCCUCAUCCGUCUCUACGGCAUGAGGUUUUGCCCAUUCGCCAAGAGGACACUCCUGGUGCUGAAGGCCAAGGGGAUCAGGCAUGAAGUCAUCAACAUCAACCUGAAAGAUAAGCCUGAAUGGUUCUUUAAGAAGAAUCCCUCUGGUUUGGUACCAGUUCUGGAAAAUAGUCAGGGGCAUCUGAUCUACGAAUCUACCAUCACUUGUGAGUACCUGGAUGGAGCAUAUCCAGGGAAGAAGCUGUUGCCAGAUGACCCCUAUGAGAAAGCCUGCCAAAAGAUGGCCUUUGAAUUAUUUUCUAAGAUACCAUCUUUGGUAAUAAGCUUUGUUGGAAGGAGAAAUGAAAAAGACUGCUCUGGCCUGAAAGAAGAGUUCAACAAGCUAGAGGAGGUUCUGACCAAUAAGAAGACAACUUUCUUUGGUGGCAGUUCUCUUUCUAUGACUGAUUAUCUCAUCUGGCCCUGGUUUGAAUGGUUGGAGGCUCUGGAGUUAAAUGAGUGUGUAGACCACACUCCAAAACUUAAGCUCUGGAUGGCAGCCAUGAAGGAAGAUCCCACAGUAUCGGCCCUCCUCACUGAUGGAAAGGCCUUGCAAGGUUUCUUAGAUCUCUACUUGCAGAACAGCCCCCAGGCCUGUGACUAUGGGCUCUGAUGGGGGCAGGAGUCAGCAGUGAAGAUUAUGUCCAAUUUUUCCUUCACUAAUACAAGUAAUAACAUGCUUUAAUUUUACCAAGUGCUCUAAGUCUCAUUGGAUUGCCGCCUCUGACUUGACACAUUAUGGCUUAACUGUGGGAUGUCCUCAAGGCCUUCCUGCAGAUAUGUUUGCAGAAUUUCAUCUCAGGGUGUUCAGGUGACUCAGAGGGAUCUAUCGCAUCUGUGAUGAAAACCUCUACAUCAUCAUCUCUAGUGAGAACUGGACUGCAAUGCAGAUUUCUAACUGCCCCUAGGUCAUUCCCACUUGGAUACCCUGUUGUCAUUUUCAAUGAGAUGCCCUUUCAAGUUUGUCUUCUCAGUUGAGAAACUUCCAAUUCCUCAUUCCUUCCUUUCUAUCAGCUUUCACUACCUUUCUUAUUCCCACUAUCACCACUGAGACCACAUCUCCUCAAAGCCAGGUGAUCGGGUUCUGGCCUUGGUCUACGUGGUCUCCCAGUCUCCAAUCUCUAUCCCCUUCAAAUCCUUCCUACCAAAUUCCAUCCUGGGUGCAAAGCAGACGUCCAAUACGUGUAGUUAAAUACUGUGAAGACCAAAUCUGGCAAUUCAGUUAGGCUGGAUGAGUAAUUCAGAAAUACUAAUGCCAUAUUCCUUACACUUCCACAGCCCAUUGGGCUUCUCACUAAUUUUUAUCAUCACAUUACCUCCAUGAGAAAAGGUGGAGAGGUUGGAGAGCAUCACCUCGUUGUACAGAAGAUUCAACUAAGGUCUGGGGUUAAGUGAGGUCUUAAGAUGUUGGCAGAACGAUCUGCAGAUACACCCACCACACUGCUCUUCCCAUAAUGGGGGAAUGUAGACCUGCCCCAGUCCAGUCUGGUUCCUGUGCUUAUUUUAAAUGUAAGAGUGCAUAACAAUCACCUAAAGUUCACUGCUGGAUUUCUGAUUCAGUAUGUCGGUAAGUCCACACUUGAAGUGAGGCCCCUGCCCCAUGGUGAUGCACGUGAUCUGGGGGCCGCGCCCUGAGAGGCCUUUGAGACAAGGUUGACUUCACAAACACCUCCUGCUGGGGUUUAAUAGGAAGUGAUGUUCCUUUUCCAAACUUAGUGUGCUUUGUUUGAUUUUUAUAAAUGUUUGACUUUGGUUGAUUUUAGGGUCUUGGAAAAUCUGUCUUUGCUUAUUC